UAAUUGCAGAGAGGGCAGAGAGCUUAGCUGUCUCGCUCUCCGUCUUAUCUUUCCUGCUCCCUCCCUCUUUAAAUUCCUUCCCUUUCCGUGUAAUCACUCUCCAUAUUUCCCUUUGUUUCUAGAGAGAGAGAGAGAGAGAGAGAGAGAGAAUAUGACUGGCUUUGCAGAAGGAGAAAAUGUCACCCUUGAUCUUCUCAAGAACAAAAUGGCUGAGUUUGCCAAAGCGAGAAACUGGGAUCAGUUCCACAGCCCCAGAAACCUUCUCCUAGCUCUGGUGUGCGAAGUGGGAGAGCUGUCUGAGAUAUUUCAAUGGAAAGGGGAGGUUCCAAAGGGGCUGCCAGAUUGGAAAGAGGAGGAAAAGCAGCACCUGGGGGAAGAGCUUUCCGAUGUGCUGCUUUAUCUGGUCAGGCUCUCUGACAUUUGUGGUGUUGAUCUUGGCAAAGCUGCCCUGCGCAAGGUUGAACUCAAUGCCAUUAAGUAUCCUGUUUCACAAAAGCAGCUCCAAACAACCACAACCACCGCCACUGCCACCAAUGAGGAAAUUGCACAGAUGGGUUAAUUUUCUGAGUGAAAUUUUCUUGGCUUCCAAUUACCAACCAAAAGUUUUACUUUUGCCGAGCUGUCAAUACUAUAUUUGGUGUGUUUUGGGGGGUCUGUGUAGGGAUGGUUUCCAGCCUUUCGUUGCAUGAGUCAGCGAUUUUGUGUAUCGAUUCUCAGAUAUUUUCUUACUGUUUUGGCUGUACUGAUUCACUGAAUGGAAUCUCUCUGACAAAUCUGAGAUAUGGGUUUGACGGUAUUGUGUAUAUUUUCCUUCAUAACAUAUACUAGAAUUUCCCAUUUA